GCCGCCAGCCCGUCAGUCAUGGACCGCGGGGGAGUCGCCUCUCCCGAGCCGGGGGCCGGACCCCUCUGGACCACCAAGUGUCCCUGGGGCACCCCCCAAAAUGCAACCAUAUCCUGUUCCCUGGCCGACGUCAUGAGCGAGCAGUUGGCCAAAGAGCUGCAGUUGGAAGAAGAAAGCGCCACUUUUCCCAAAGUUGUUACCGUCGCCGAGGGACCCUUCGUCACCGGGGAAAACAUCGACACUUCCAGCGACCUCAUGCUGGCUCAGAUGUUGCAGAUGGAAUUCGACAGAGAAUACGACGCCCAGCUCUGGAGGGAAGAGAAGAAAUUCAACGGCGACAGCAAAGUUUCCAUUUCCUUCGAAAACUACCGCAAGGUCCAUCCGUACGAAGACAGCGACAGCUCGGAAGAUGAAGUGGAUUGGCAGGACACCUGCGAUGACCCGUACAGAGAAGCGAAACCGGUCCCAAUUCCCAAAAAGGGCUUCAUUGGAAAAGGAAAGGACAUCACCACCAAGCACGAUGAAGUGGUGUGUGGGAGAAAGAACACAGCCCGCAUGGAACACUUUGCCCCCGGAUUCCAGGUGGGAGAUGGGAUCGGAAUGGAUCUCAAGCUGCCCAACCAGGUGUUCAACGCCCUGAAGCAGCACGCUUAUUCCGAGGAGCGUCGCAGCGCCCGGCUGCACGAGAAGAAGGAGCAUUCCACCGCGGAAAAAGCAGUGGAUCCCAAAACCCGCCUACUGAUGUACAAGAUGGUCAAUUCUGGGCUGCUGGAGACCAUCACGGGCUGCAUCAGCACAGGGAAAGAAUCUGUUGUCUUUCACGCGUACGGAGGGAGCCCGGAAGAGAAGCGGGAGGGGGAAGGUGUCCCCACCGAGUGUGCCAUCAAAGUGUUUAAGACCACCCUGAAUGAAUUCAAGAACCGGGACAAAUACAUCAAGGACGACUUCCGCUUUAAAGACCGCUUCAGCAAGCUGAACCCCCGGAAGAUCAUCCGCAUGUGGGCCGAGAAAGAAAUGCACAACCUGACGAGAAUGCAGAAGGCCGGAAUCCCUUGUCCAACAGUCGUGAUGCUGAAGAAACACAUCCUGGUUAUGUCUUUUAUCGGUCAAGAUCAAGUCCCGGCUCCCAAACUCAAGGAAGUCAAGCUCGGCGGCGAGGACAUGAAGCAGGCCUAUUAUCAAACUCUCCACAUGAUGCAGCAGCUAUAUAAGGAGUGUAGCCUGGUCCACGCCGACCUGAGUGAAUACAACAUGCUGUGGCAUGCUGGGAAGGUCUGGUUGAUCGACGUAAGCCAGUCUGUGGAGCCCACCCAUCCCCACGGCCUGGAGUUCCUGUUCCGAGACUGUAGGAACGUCGCCCAGUUCUUUCAGAGAGGAGGAGUCAGUGAAGCCCUGGGUGAACGAGACCUCUUCAACGCAGUUUCGGGCCUCAACAUUGCAGCUGAUAACGAAGCGGACUUCCUCGCCGAGAUUGAAGCGUUGGAGAAGAUGAACGAAGACCACGUCCAGAAGAACGGGAGGAAAGCGGCUUCUUUCCCGAGGGACGACGGGGGCCCGCUGGCCGCGGACGACGAAUAACGCCCCGGUGGCCUCGCUGCCCCUGCCUCUCUCUCGGCGCAGUGACGAAUCACAACUGCCCUCGGCCACCGUGACGCCGGACCACUGGCCAGACCGAGCGAAGGAAAAGCGGAGAGUGUGUGCAUUGGUGCUUCUGUGUCUGUUUUUGCGGGGGGCGGGGGGCGCGGGGAACACCCACAUGCCUGGAGUGAGGGGUUUUUAGCUCGGCACUGAGAGUGGAACGUCAUUACCUCUCGUCUUAGGGUCAGGCGAACUUAGGCCUUCAAGUGCACUAGGGUAUCGUAAUUUCAGGAGGGCCGUCUUUUGCACGAUUCCAGACGAAUGUUUUGAUGGUAGAAAUCCCUGAGUACUUCCCACUUCCCGAAGACAAAGUAGCUGAGUUUCUGCGGCGCCUCAGAAAAGGAUCUCCCUGCUCCGAGGCGGGCUUGGCUCAGGCGGUUUUUCCAGACAACCGUAACCGGCUCCCUCGAGGAAAAGGUGAAAUUCCCUUCGAACGCAGAGUCAGACCGGGGAUUUGGACCGUUCUGCGAAGGGGAAACUAGAAGCAGAAGCGAUCAGUGAUCUGUCUUUUCCAGCUGGCUGAUUCCGAGUCCCCACAAAGCAGGUCCUCCGUGCGUGCGAGACAAAUUCCAACUCGAUGAAAGUUCCAAGAGGCAAUUACGAGCUUUCCAAGGGCGAUGCCCAAGAACUCCCAGUGAAAACCCCUUGGGGCGAUUUGAUUAACUUCUGGCGUCCCUAGGGUGACUAGGAUCAAACCUUAAGGGCCGAGAGCCUGUUGAAAUCACUUGGUUGAACAAGACUGUGAGCCUGCCGUGUUUUACACAUUUAUUAUUUAUAUUUAAUAAGGUUUAGUUGAUCCUUCCGUGAAGCAUUGUCAAGUGCAGUGGCAGCUAGCGUUCUGAGGUAGCGUUUGGAGAACCAGCAUCGUGCUGGGUGAGAACUGGAAUCCGCCAGCCCCGUAUUCGGAUUCCCACGGCGGCACCGUCCUGAACGUCCGUCCAUCCGUCCAUCCACCCACCCACCAAUAGGUUAGAGGGAAACCAGCUAACAUCCUCAACCUUUUUCUCCCCUAACUUCUCAUGGCCCCGGGCCUAGCGAGAGCCUCCUCAGAUCCGAUCGCCGUGGGGAGGGAGGAGAGACACCCCUCAAGAACGCAGAUCAUCCCUUGUUGAAUUGUUCGUUUGACAAUCCGCAACCCUCAAGGAGCACGUUUCGGCACGGUUCUGCCGGUCUCCGACCCCAAGAUGGGGCCCGUCGAGCUGGUCUGAAUCGAUUUAAAAAUGAAAGUCGGGAGCUAGAUUGUCGCUGCCGGCCGGGCCCGUGAUUUUAAGAGAGCCUCAUUAGAGUGAAUCAUAAAAAAGCCUCGUCUUCUCAGUUGCAUUAGAGUGAAUCAGGAAACGGGUUCAAAGGAGCAUGUAUACAAUUCAGGACCGCUUCCAUUGCGACAACCAGAGGUGUUCGUCGGCUUUUUUAGCCCAAGUACCGUGUGGGCAGCCUUGCCCCCAUCCCAGAACCGUUUGGCCAGGGCGCUUCCUUAAAAGAAAUGCUCAAACCCCUCAGAGAGAAGGGGAAGUGAAGACCGAACUGAGGGUGUCCAAGUUAAGACGGGGGCUGCCCGUUGCCCUGGGACAUUCGUCGCGGUGUGCUGUGCAUAUGUGUGCCGUUUUUAAAAGAUUAAAAAGCAAAGAAGCCACUCUCCGGUGGCCCGUGCUGCGUUUCUUUGUCGAACCAACCCACUGGACCUGGAACCUAAAAUGAGCGACCCACACGCUUCGCCAACUGCUUUUUUUCUCGGCUCUUCUCCACUGGCUUUUAAUGUCCAGUGAAAUCAAUGUUAGGGAGGAAUCUUCUUUUGUUUGGGAUCUUGCUCCAUUUGCUCUGAUGAAUACUGAAUAAAAAUGGUCAGUGGGCUUGCCGCCAUGCUGCUUGCUUAGAAGCGGA